AGAACAAUCAUUCUAUGAAAUAUUCGAAGAAAUGCAUAAUCGUUAGUGAGGCAGCAUUGUAAUUCAAAUGAGUGAUUAAAAAUUUCGGUCUAGUGUAUUUUCCACCUUAGAAUUUAAAUUAAUCGCAAGUAACGUAUUAAAUUUCAGAUACAUGUUUCAUUACAAGAGAUACAGUGAAUAAGGAAAAAGUAAUCAAACGUGAACAAUUAUAAUAGUAAGAUUUAGUAAACUUAAUUUCGUUUUAGUCUGUUUAUUAGGAAUGUCGCACAGUGAAACAUUAUUAUUUAUUCGACAACGUUUAGGACACGAUUUAUGGACAAUCGACCACAUUCUGCAAGUUUUACUCCCAUAAACUUAAUUUCUUCUCCUUAUUAACUGAGUUGGAUUUUUUUUUACUUACAGAGACUGUAUUUGAAUGAGUUUGUAGGUUGCACUACCUCCUUAUUACAAGCCUUAUUGAUAAUCCUAUACAAUGUCUCCGAAAUACCCUCUCUAUGUCAUAAGUCUGUCGAGGUUUCAAGUUUUUGUUUCACUAUCUUCCCAUUAUUAGUAUUUUUUUAAAAACUAUUAGCACGCUAGUCUAAGAUUAUUCGCGCGUGACCAGAAUCAAGCAUACCAAGGCACAAGCGGCUUUAUAUUAGCCUUCAUCAGAGCUUAACUCCAGUUAUAAAACUGUUGCGCAGAGGACAGCGACUGAUAACAAAUUAGUUCUAGUUUUGGACUGUUCUGAAUUUUCGAAGCCGCAGACUAACAGGACAUAAAUGCCUACUGCAUUUCAGGUACUCAAGAAUCUUCUGAACACUUGUUUGCUUGUGUCGGAUUCUGAAGUGUUCCAAGCGUCAAAUGAGGUACAUCGAGAUGCUAUGACUGGUGCUGGGUUUGAGUUCAUGUUCAACUCUUUGAAGAUUCUAUACAGCCAAAGUAAUCAGCAGAAUUUCAAGUGACUCACUUUAAUUCUAGCACUUUCAAAGUAUUCCAGACAAUGACUUAAAUGGUUAUCCUUUUACUGCCAUGUUUUACUUCAAUAUUCUGAAAUCCGAACUAUUUAGAUAAGAAACUUGAUAAUAAACACUUUGUUUUCCUUUGCAUUUAAGAGUUCACGUACACCUUCACCAGUGAAACAAACACUAACACAACGGUUGAAUCCAUUUCCAUGUAUUUUCAAAGGACUAUCGAGAAGUCGUACGCUUGAAAGUUUUGGUUCUGGAUUAUUACCAUCAGUUGAUAAAAGUUAUUUUAUCGAAUCUGAACCAGAAACAAUCCAUCACAAUGGGAAUGAUUAUUUCUCAGUGCCUCAACAUUCACCUAAAGAAAAGACAUCUAUUAUGAGGUAUAUGAAAAAUGUGGGUAGUCGUGACAAAUUCGUAAUUUUUGAUUCACCAAAUAAUGAAAAUGCUUCCGAUGAUUUGAAGUGUGAUAAUCAAGCAUCACCGGCUAAUCAAAGGUUCUCUGUGAAUCGUCAUGUGGUGAAUAGUGACCAAGUUUCUUCACAGUGGUCAUUAGGGCCAUCUGAAGGACUUUUGUCAAACCAUGGUCUUAAAUUCGCACCCAAUACUCCACCCUUACCACCUAAAUCAGUAAAUUCUGGAGCAAGAUACGCGAAUGUAAUGAAAGAUCAGAACUUUGGUAGUUGUUCAUCUUAUCUAGAUCAGAAACGAACAGUCGAACAACCAAGACCAUCUCGUCAAAACGCUGUGGCUACUGAAAGUCAUAAGAACUGCAAACCAGAAAAAAGUGCAUCACCUAUUUUAGCUUUUGACGCAAAUCGUGUUUGUGAAAACAGACAAGGUGCCGUCAGAUUUCAAGAAAACAUAGGUAACUUCAGUGUCUGGAAGAAAGAUGAGUACUUUACAGAUUUUGCAAGUAUAAGCCAAUCCACUGAAUGUAAUCCUGAAGAUCAUUCUGAAAGGGCUCACUCUACUGAUUCGUCAAAAACUCCUGUUCCAGUUCAUUUGGAGAACAUGAAGAUCAACCACCAUAAAGCGGCAGAUACAGCAAAUGUACAUACAACGUACGACAACGGGUGUAAUCUUUCAGCUGCAGAAUAUGAUGUGCCUGCUGAUACUGCUGGUCAAAGAGAUUCUAGUCCCAUAUCUCUCAUGCGUGAUAUAUACUCAAAGCAGAAAUGCUUUAAUGGAACAAAAAGCCCCAUCUCAUCCCCACACAAGCCUCCACUUGUUUUAAAUGCACAACAGGUAAUUGCAGGGCAGCAAUAUCAAGAAAGGAAGAUUCAAAGAGGGGACAGGUCAGAAGAAAGUGAAAAAGAACAACAUAUCAAUCCAAAUUCUGCCAAUUAUCAGGGAGUAAAUGGUGAUUACGAUGAAUCAUUUAACGAUCUAUUCCCUGUGAAAUGUCAUUUGAAUGGGCUUAAGGCAUAUGUUUCUCCAAGUCAAGCGAAUUCACCAAUCAAUUUGACGUUAGCGACAAACACUGAAAACGUUUCAUUCAAAUCAGUACAACUGGAAGAAGUGAAAAACCUUGAAGCGUUUACUUCAAGUAAAGGCGGUGAAGAUCUCAGCUUGGAUAAGCAUCGAAUCAUGUCCAAUGGUUUUCAAAACCCAAACAAUGGAAGUCAUAGUACAACAUCGCAUCUAACUGUCCCUACCUCAUUUCAUGAUUCAGAUGUAAACAUAUCCAGUAUUUCAAAAGAAAAUAUGCUUACUUUAGCCACUAACCUGUUAAUGCAAUCAAGUAUACUGCAACAGUAUGGGUCUCACUUAAUUAUGUCCCCAAAUAACUUUCUUCAUGAUGAUUCAUUCUCAAGUUACUCUCGACAGCAUUCACCAUCACAGGUACAUAAACUGUACACUUAUAAUCUUGAAGCCAAACGUAAGCCUACAAACAAUAAGUAUUCUUCAGAUGUUUCUGUUGCUGUACAUGACAAAACUGUAGAAGUAAAAGGAAAUAACAACCUAGCGAAUUUGAAACCAACAAACAAGCCAUCAAAUACAAAGCAUCACAAUGGAGUAAGUAUUCCAGUACAUGGAUGUAAAAAAACUCAGGCGACAGUACACGACAUGGAAUAUUUUGAAUCAUACCCUUCGCUUUUUGAUGUUCUACAUCACUGUGAUAUUUACCGUGUGUUACUGGAUCCAAAUCUUCCAAGUUUGAGCGAUCAACUUGGUUUAAAUUUGUGCUUAACCAAAUUCCCAUUGGAUGAUGUACAAAGAGCUGACACUCUUCAGAAAUUGAAAAAUAAUGAGAUUUACGAGAAAGGAAUGUCGAACGAUAGCAUCAAUAGUAUUCAAUCACUUAGUAAUCCAAAAGGUCCAAAAGCACGAAUUCGGUCACGUAAAGGUGGUGCUUUCCAGCCGGUAGAUAUUAAACGAUCAGAUAUGGGAUUUGAUGUGGUGACCAUUGAAAGCAUUGAACCCGAUUCACCUGCAAGUUUUGAAGGUAGCCUUGCACCAGGUCACAUAAUUUUGGAAGUUGAUGGUAAAGAUUUACUUCGUCCUCACUAUUUCAAAGAUGCUAAUGGGAAUCGGAUGAACAUUCUUGAUGUAGCACAAAAUCAACUUCAAGCCGCUCGUCAGGCUGCUUUAACGGGUGAAAUUCCACAUAUCCGUAUAACAGCAGCUCAAUAUCACGCGAAUUUCGGUUUAGCUAAUACUGCAAAUAAUCCAGAACGCUUAAGUUCUUCUUUACGAUCGAAAAAUGGCGUUAACGGAAAGAUCCAGCCCAUAUCAAUUUUUCAGUCAGGAAAUAAUAACCAUAAUGAAAAUAAUAAAUGCUCUAAAAAACAUAAUAACGUUCAUAUUGAUAGACCUGAAAGUACUUCACAGACUGAAUACCUUACUCAAACACAUGAAUGCUACAAUACUCCAAGAGAAACCCCAUAUCAAAGCGAAAUAAAUAGCAAAUCAAUCUCUGAGUUGACAGAUUACAGCGAAGAUGGUGUCAAUUCAUUGAAAAGUAAACUGAUAUGGUUCCCUCAUCAUAAAGAUGAAUACUCCAGCCGAUCACCGUUUGAUCCUAGAAGUCCUGAAUUGUCUGUUCGGUUAUGAAACACACCAGUUGUUGAAAACCAUGUCAGCUAUAAAUUAGUUAGAAAGUUUCACAGAUUUGAACAAAGUGCCGACAGUUUCUAAUGAAUUCUUUGUUGUUACAAACAUUUAAGUGAUAGAUGCCUGGAGUAAAUUUAGCUAUCACUUUCCAAAUUUCCAAUUGCUUACAAACUCUUAUGUAUCAUAUUCUUAUAUCGAACAUGUUCUACUUGUUUAAAUGACACUAAAUCAAUGUAAAAUUAUUGUUUUUCAACAUUAUAUGUUUCAGUAUUUCAGUU